AUGCACUGGAAUAUAAUUUCGAAAGAGCAGAAUGCCUCUUCUGUAUCAUUACCAACUCUAGAUAACAGUGAACCCUGUCACAUCGAAGUUAUCCUCAGGGCAAUACCCGAAAAGGGAUUACAAAAUAAUGAGUCGACCUUCAAAAUAGACCCAUACGACAAUACUGUGUUGUUUCGCACAAAUGGGCCGUUACAUGACACAACCGGGGUGACCCACUCAACAUUUCAAUUCGAUAAGGUAUUCGAUGCCAAUGCCACACAGGAAGAUGUUAAAGAAUAUCUUGUACAUCCAGUAAUAAAUGACGUUUUGAGUGGUUAUAAUGGUACCGUAAUAACAUAUGGGCCAAGUUUCAGUGGGAAAUCGUAUUCCCUUAUUGGAUCAAAAGAGAGCGAAGGAAUUUUACCGAAUAUAUGCAAAGCCUUAUUCGAAACGUUGGAAAAAAAUGCAGAAACGAAGGGAGAUAACUACAGCGUAAGUGUUUUGGCAUUCGAAAUAUAUAUGGAGAAAACCUAUGAUUUAUUGAUACCGCUACCGCAAAGAAAACCAUUAAAGCUCCACCGUUCUUCAAGUAAAAUGGACUUGGAGAUCAAAGAUAUUUGUCCGGCACAUAUCGGGUCGUAUGAAGACUUAAGAAGCUACAUUCAAGCGGUCCAAGACGCCGACAAUAGGAUGGGAUGUAGCGGCAAGACAGAGAGAUCAAAAUCACACCUAGUUUUUCAAUUACACGUAGAACAGAGAAAUAGAAAGGAUGAUAUAUUAAAAAAUAGUUCCCUAUAUUUGGUUGAUUUGCACGGGUCAGAGAAGUUCGAUAAAAGAACUGAAAAUACCUUAUCACAAGAUGCGUUGAAAAAAUUGAACCAAUCCAUUGAAGUAUUAAAAAACACUGUGCGAUCAUUGUCAGUAAAAGACCGGGAUUCAGCAUAUAGUGCAAAAGCAUCGCAUAGUUCCGCUUACCGUGACUCGCAGUUAACAGAAGUAUUAAAAGAUUCCCUUGGGGGAAAUAGGAAAACAAAAGUGAUAUUGACAUGCUUUUUAAGUAAUGUUCCAACUACCCUAUCAACACUAGAAUUUGGUGACAGUGUUAGACAGAUCAAUAACAAGGUCGCAGAUAACACCACAGGUUUAAAUUUGAAAAAGAAAAUGGACCUGUUUAUUCAGGACAUGAAAAUUAAGGACGAUAAUUACCUUGCCCAAAUCAACAUAUUAAAAGCUGAAAUAGACUCUUUAAAGAAUCUUCGCAGUGAACCCAUUUACGAAGAUGACGCGAAAACGAUGUUAGAAAAUAGCAAGAAAGAAAAUAGCAAACUAAAGCUUCAAUUGGACAGUAUUACACAAUUAUUGAGUAGUUCAACCAAUGAAAAUCCUAACAACCGUAUUGACGAAGAAGUUGCUGAAAUACUAACAAAAAGAUGUGAACAGAUUGCUCAGCUUGAGUUAUCAUUUGAUCGACAAAUGAAUAUCAACUCCAAGUUGCAGCAAGAGCUAGAAUACAAAAAUUCCAAAGAGGAAGCCUUAGAGUCUAUGAACGUUAGGCUACUAGAGCAAAUCCAGCUUCAGGAAAGAGAGAUUCAAGAACUUCUAACUUCUAACGCUAUCUUAAAGGGCGAACUGGAAACUAACGUUAAGCUUACUGAAACACGCAGUGAGAGAAUAAAAUCUUUGGAAAGUUCUGUCAAAGAGCUUUCUAUUAAUAAAUCUACGAUCUCAUCUCCUAGAAGAGGUUCAAUUAGUUCAUCGUCGGGUAAUACCAUGUUGCAUAUCGAGGAGGGUUCUGAAGUAUCUAAUAGUCCUUGGUCAGCUAAUACUUCCUCAAAACCUAUAGGAUGGGGUGUAAGAAAGGUUUCUUCUAGUAGUAUUGCAACCACGGGAUCUCAGGAGUCUUUUGUAUCGAGACCGUUUAAGAAGGGAUUAAAUCUCCAUUCCAUAAAAGUCACUUCAAGUACUCCGAAAAGCCCCGCUUCUGGAAGCUGA